GAGAUGGUGACAGCUCCAGGAAGCCACGCUCGGCAGCGGCAGACAGCGGGAAGCAGCUGGCCGCAGCAGCACUCCUACCAGCGCAGCCGUCCCCGCUAUGGGCUCCCCGCAGCGCCCUCCGCUCGCCCAUGUCUUCAGGGGCACCUUCGUGCACUCCCGGCCCGACGCGCCCAUGGAGAUCCUGCACGGCCGCCUGCUGGGGGUUGACGACGGCGGCACGAUUGUGUUUCUGGAGCAAGCUGAUCAGCAGGAGCAACUGGCCAAGAAGUGGGGAUUCAAAGCAUCUGACAUAAGAGAAUUGACUCAUCAUGAAUUCUUUAUGCCAGGACUGGUUGAUACCCACAUUCAUGCUCCUCAGUACUUAUUUGCUGGUACAAGAGUAGAUCUACCUCUUUUGCAGUGGUUAACUACUUACACAUUCCCAACAGAGGCGAAAUACAAAGAAAGUGAUUUUGCAGAAGAAGUGUACACCAGAGUUGUUAGAAGAACUCUGAAGAACGGCACCACUACAGCUUGCUACUUUGCAACAAUUUACACAGAUACUUCUCUUCUUCUGGCUGACAUCAUAGAUAAAUUUGGGCAAAGAGCAUUUGUUGGCAAGGUCUGUAUGGAUAUGAAUGACGCUGUACCACUUUAUAAAGAGACUACAGCUGAUUCUGUUCAAGAGACGGAAAGGUUUGUUAGAGAGCUACUGGAAAGGCAAUAUCCAAGGGUACUGCCCAUAGUAACCCCCCGCUUUGGCCCUUCCUGCACAGAAGAUUUGCUACGUGCACUUGGUGAUUUGGCACAAACUCAUGAUCUCCAUGUGCAGAGUCACAUAAGUGAGACUGAAGAAGAACUCAAAGUUGUGGAGAAUAUGUUUCCUGCCUACCAGAAUUACACAGAUUUGUAUGAUAAAAACAAGCUGCUUACCAGCAAGACAGUGAUGGCUCAUGCCUGUUAUCUGUCUGAAGAAGAGCUGGAACUUUUUAAUCUUCGAGGAGCUGCAGUUGCACAUUGCCCUAGUUCUAACUUUUCGUUGCGCAGCGGCAUCUUAAACGUAAGAAAGGUUUUGAAGCACAAUGUGAAGGUUGGCCUUGGCACAGAUGUUGCUGGUGGAUAUUCAGCUUCUAUGCUUGAUGCAAUCAGGAAAACGGUGAUAGCAUCUAAUGCCCUUAAAAUUAAUAAAGUGAGUGAAACAGGACUAACUCUUAAAGAAGCUUUUCAACUAGCAACUCUAGGAGGAAGCCAAGCUCUAGGACUGGAUGAUAUUAUUGGGAACUUUGAGGUUGGCAAAGAAUUUGAUGCACUGCUGAUCAACACUAAAGCCUCAGACAGCCCUUUCGACUUGUUCUCUACUGAUACCUUUGAGGACUGUCUCCAGAAGUUCCUCUAUCUUGGUGAUGACCGGAAUAUUUCUGAAGUGUACGUGGCUGGGAAGCAAGUGGUUCCUUUUUCAAGUUCAGUAUAAAUCCAUUCCCCUUUUGCAAAAUGUUCUGCUGAUUACUCUGUAUCUGAUUUGGAAAAUAUUUGUUUAAAACAGUGCCUGAUCAUUUUGGAAUGACACCUCAUUUCUGUUUCAAAUCUUGCAAAUUUGAAAAAUUCUGUUAGACCUUUCAGGAAUUGUGUGACCAACAUUGUCACAGUUCUAAGAGAAAACAGACUUCUAAAUUUGUCUGUAAAAAAAAAAAUAACAUGUGCAUGGACAAGGAGUUUGGUAAGAUUCUUACUUCAAUAAAUAAUUGGUGUUCCUUUCAGUUAUACCAUAGAAAGUAUUAAGAAGAGCAAGGAAGCUCUCACUGCCUGUAUGGUAUUUUAGUUGAAAAAAUGGCCAGUGCAAGUAAAUUGUUCUUGCAAAUAAUGAAUGUCACAGAAGAAUGUAAUUUCCUUUAUAUUAUCACCAAGUAUGGAAAAAUUAGUGGCAUUUGGGGGCAUUUGAUAGUGUUUUUCAUUUUUGUUUAUCCAUGUGGUUAAUUUUAAAAUACUGACUUCUUUUAGAACAUAAGAAGUGUCUAUCUAUACGUAACUAAGAGUUCUGAUUAUCAUCUAGCUCAGGUUUGUCAUAGUAGUCAGAUAGAAGAGAACUGGUGGAAGAAGAAAGUAAAAAAUACACAACUGGUCCAAGAGCUGCAAGUAAAGGAAGACUGCACAGUUCUGUGAUGCUAUAAGCUGAAGCAGCAUUUUCCUAAAUGUUGCUCUGGCAUCUGGAAGCAGUCUGCUCAAUCUUCCACUGCUUCUAUAUCCAUUUGACUAAAUCUGCUUCAGCUAGGCAACCACUGAAUGAAACUUGUGAUAACCCAAAGGCAAGUCUGGAGAUGCCUGAGUGGGCUUCUCUGUGGCAGAAAAUGAAUGGAUUCUUUUGGACUAGUGGGAGUGCUUCCUCUGGUUCAGCCUGUUAUAGAACCUUACCAAAUUCAUUUCCUCCUGACUGUUUAGACUAUGAGUGAUAACGGUUUCCCUUCUCCUUUCUGUAGCAGAAUUGGGUAGGUUUAAAACAAAACCCGCCAGAAACAGACUGUCUCUGGCUGUUACCGCCUUUCACUUGAGGUGUAAUUCCUUAAUGAAAGAAGCAAUUCAGCUUUAAUGUGCUUUUUCCUUUCAGCACUGGAACAGUAACUACAGCCCUGUACAAUGCUAGGUAAAAAAUGUGCCCUUUUAAUUUUGGUAGUCUGUGUUCUUAAAAAGUCUAUUUUCCUACUUGUUAUUACAGCUUUUUUAAAUUGCAAGAUUAGUUUGAGAAUGGGGAUACUUCUUGUUUCUUUAUUAUGGUUGUGUUUUUUUGUUGUUUUAUUUUGUUUUGGUUGUUUUGCAGUGCAAAGGAUAUAAGCUUUAAUGUUAGUGUUAGUGGAGACAAUAUUGCACUACCUGCUAUACAUACUUCUUGAGUAUGGUUUUAAGGCCUGCUUCAAACACCUUUGAUUUUGAUGUGCUUUAUUUCAUACCUUUAUCUAUCUGUCUGAUGAUAUAAAGGCACAGCACUUCCCUGUGCUUCUAGAACAAGAGAGGUAACUGCAUGAACACCUAAAUUUCUGUCUGUAUAAGGGAACGUUUGGUCUGACAUCACUAACAACUUGCUCUGACUUAAAGCUUUGUCAGAGCUUACACACUGUGCAGGUUAUGACUACAUGAGAUAGUAUAGUGGAAACAUAACCUAGACUAGGCAAAGAACCUGGAAUCUUUUUCAGUGUUUGUGUUUUUUAUUUGUUGUUUGUUGUUGUUGUUGUUUUGCUGUCACGGAGUAGCCCUACUGCACAGCAUGGUAUUUUGGCUUGCAUAUGCCACCCUAAAGCAGCUGCACUGCUUGCUCAUUUAGAGCUAGCUCAGGUAAUUUCAGAUGGCACUGCUCUGUGCCAUAUGUUUGCCGAGUUACACUCUUUGUUUCCAUUAUGUUCAACCAUUGCUAAGGCUUUAGGAUUAGAGAUUUAAAGAUUAAUAUUUCAUAUUCCAUCAGGGUGUCAUAAAAGUUUUGUUUUUCACAUAUCCCUGUAACCUACAUAGUAGCAGACUUUCUUUGCAAAUACAGCCUGCAGUUCUUUAACUCAGAUUCCUGAUUCAGGGAGCGUUUUUCCUCAUGAAUUUUGACAUGAAUUUAAUUGACCAAAUUUCACAUUCCAAAACCAAAGAACUGUGAGAGACAUGUUUUAAUCCUUCAGCUACUGUCUGAAACUAUUCUUAAGGAGUUGCAUGGUUUGCAGCUUUGACUUUCCUGCAGGAAUGUAUUCUGGGAUAAAGAUGACGCAGCCUUGUGUACUAUGUAUGUUCAUGGUGUAGUACUUUGCUUCCAGAGCUAUGAAUUAUAUCAGCACUUUUAUUUUAGUGAUAGUCUAAGCUGUGCCUGACUUUAGUACUAUUUUGUGGUAGUGUUAAGAAUGUGAUUCAGUGUUUGUUUCAAAUAUAUGGAGAGAGGGAGGGGAUGAUUAUUUGCAAACUAGGAGUACAGAAAAAAAGCUUUAACAAUCUCACCACUGACUGCUGGUGGCCCAAUUACAAAGGGGCUCUCUAGAAUAUCUGCUGGGAAUAACUUCUGGCUUUGAAUAUUGGCAUCUCAUAAGAGUUUGGCUCUUGCUAAAUUCCAGGACAAGGCAGGAAUUCAGAUUCUUGAUUACUGCUUUUCUGACUACCCAGACUUAGAAACAGAGAAUCAAUGUUCCAGAAUCUCAGCUGGGGGAGGAACACUGCCCACAAGUAGUAGUGUCAUGGGCUUCCUGCAGCACUGUACAUUGCUGGUGACAAGCCUGAAUUUGGUUAGAGGGAGCCAGUGGAAGAACUGAUACAGCCGUGUAAGAAACACAAUGGAAGGUGUCUUCAAAAGUAGCAUCUAAAUAGAAUUGAAUGAUGUAAAAAUACUGUAAAGCCAGGGAAAAGCUCCUUAGAGGUAGACCCAGACCUUUCCAUAGAAGGUAGCUUACACAUAGAAAGAGACUCCUUUAAGGAGAUACAGAGGAUGUAGUACUCAGACUUCUCUGAAGCCAUUUUGGGGAAGGAUCCUGCUGUGAAGUAUUUAUUAGCCCUCAGGAUUCUUUGGCAAUGUGCAGAUUGCCAAGAUGCUUUGUGCAGUUGGAGAAUAUCAGUAGGUGAAAGCAGUAACUGCUGAGACUUGUAGCUCUGCACCAAUGCCUACAUAUGGUCUGAUUCCUUGUACUCCACUACAUAUGUGGUUUGAAGCAAGCCAGGUCAUUGGUGCAGACUCUUACCAUCUCUGUUAGAGGCUGUAUUUGGUGUGUGACUGCACCUCCAGUGUAGCUUCCUCCAAGAGAAAAUUUUGUUGUAUGCCAAAACCACACUGCAAGCAGAAGCAGUGUUCAGUUAUUGGUGUGUAAACGCUACAACUGUCUCAAAAAAAAAAAAAGCUAAUGGACAGUAUUCCCCCUCCAUAUUCGCUGGCAUAGAAGACAAAGCAACUUCUUUUCUCCUCCUUCUUUCAUAAUAAUAAUAAUAAUAAUAAUUUUAAAAAAAUAAUAAAAAAAAAACAAUAAAAAUAAGGCAACCAUACACUAUGGGGGCAUGACUAAGAAGAAGAAAACAUCAGGAUAAUUUUCAGUCAGCAUAAACUGACAUUGUGCUACUGACAUAAGAUAGAGCCUCUGGAAAAAUGUACAUGCAGCUGUUUCCAGAUGUCAGUCCCCAUUAGUUCUCUUGACAGAUUGUGGAUGAGAUCUUUAUUUUUGAUGUCUCUUUGUGUUCAGUGUCAGCCCACCAUUCAGACAGAGAAAAAUAAGGGUAAUUUGUGGAAAGCUUGCUUGUUGGGACAGUAUGCUUAAUGUGUUCUAUGUUCGGAUGAGCACUUAUUUAUUAUAAAUGGAGUGUAUUUGAAUUACUUUUAUAUGUUGAUCUCAUUGUGUCACUUUAGGUUUUGAUUAUUAAUGAAAUGCGAGUAAGUAUCGCUUAUGCAUUAUGCAGCGUUAUUUGAAUUAUUCAUGUGUGGCAAGUGGAGUUCUGCACUUUAAAAUGUUGGCUUGGCCUGGUGUUUAUAUUUAUUCUGUGCUUUUAUGCAAUCAGAAAGCUUUAUGGGGGAAAAAACUAUAUUUGUUCUUUGUGCUUAGCAUUUUCAUUAUUGUAAGUGGAAUUCAUUUCUAAAAGAAAUGUUAAAACGACCCCUUUUAUAAGUCUGUACCUAAUUAUGCACUCAUGAGUGAAACAACUAUAAUGGUUUUGUAAAAUCUGACAUGAAUAGCAAUGUUACACUUAAAAAAUAUUUACAGAAAAAUAAUUUUUAAUCUAAUUAUGAUUAUGCAGUGCAGAUUAGUAAAAGUUAAUCAGUCUUGCUAUGUAUCUUCAAGUCCACUGAGCAAAGACUAUAACUUUUUCUGAUUAUGCAUUAAAGAAGAGUAUGAAUGCUUUGAAAAACAAAAUGUUUAGAUUCUUUCAGAGAAUAGCUCGUUUUAAUAUGAAAUUACAUUAGCAAAAGUACUCAGAGAAAUCGUAAAAUUUUUUUUUUCAACAUUUCCAUAAACAAUCUGUAACAGAUAAGUUGGGCAGCUUUUAAAAUUAUACUGGAUUGGUAUAAAUAUGUACUCUUGCAUUAUGUGCAGUCCUGUGCUUAGCACUGAGCAACUCAUCUCUAAGGAGAUGGUGCACAAGUGGAAGGAAUUCAGGAAAACUCAAGGGACAUGGGAAAUUUGAGAAGGGACUGGGAAAAAAUAUAACUUGAAAAGGCAGCAGAAUGCAAAAUAAUGCAAAGCAGAAAGAAGCUAGAUCAGAGAAAGUCAUGCAGACACAAUGACAAGCUAAUGAAGUUUUAGGUGGGAAAUGCUAAGGAAAGAAAAAAAAUUUCAAGCACAGUUCUGUUAAAUCACAGACUUGAUUUCUUCAGAAAGUCAUCAAGGCCCAGGGACAGAACAAAUUUCCAGAGGUAAGCAGCUAUUUAUAUGCUUAAGUUACCAUGGCUAAUUGUGAUGCUUUUCCUCUCUCUCAAACUCUACUUCAAGAUUUAAACUAAAGCUAAUUGCAACAACUCCAAAAGAAACCUAAUAUAAUAUUAUGUUUUAUCCAAUGAAACAUGAAGACGUCCUGGCAUUCAGCAGGUCAGAUAGUAAAGUUGACCUUAGGGGAGCACCUGUACUGCCUCAUGCAACAUCCCCUGUCACAUGCCUCAUGGUGCAACUAUGACAGAGUUCAACAACACAGGAAUGCAAGCCUCUGGCAUAACCAGAGUCCCUGCAAGUAAGCUGAUUCAGUUAUCAAACUGUUUUGAAGUUCAGAACGCACAGAGAGUGCAGCACAUUUUAAAUUGCACAAUCAGCUUGAAAUGUCAGUUCACUGCCUAAGAGUGAUCUCACAUGUACUAGGAACUUUGUCCUAAAGCUUAUUUUUGAGCCCUGUUAAUAUGUGUAAAACAACUCCCACUUAUUUCAACAGAAAAGCCAGCAAAUGACAUCUGCUAGGCUCUAUUUACAACAUAAACAACAGCAAGAAAAGCAGCUCUUGGGAGACCAAAAGGGCAUCAGCAACAAUCUGUUGUGUAAGGUUAAUAAAACAGUUAGUUUUCCUCGAAAGGCUGAGCAGUGGCUUUGGAGGCUAUUUUCCAGAAAAUUUCAAGAAAAACUUUUUUUCUUGGAAAGUGUCCUAAGCAGGAGUGGAUCCUAAGCCAUGAGAUCCUCUGUGACUUCUGCAGAGGCAGUGAUUUGUGCAGACAUAAACACAACAGUUGUGCCUAGAGUCAUCCUUUCUUUCUGCUCAAGACUUAGACUUGUUUAUUUGGUUUGUGGUUUCUCACGGACUUCAUUCUAGUUGGAAAAUAGCUAGGGUGAAUGAAUACAGUUGUGCUUGAAAAGCAGUCUCAUAGCCACCCACCUAACAUUUAAAAGAUCUGCCCCAUCAGAAAAGUAUUAUGCAGCUUGUGGGCUCAGUGUUUUGGCUUAAUGAUUUGAGUCAGCUGGUAACAAACACAGCCAAGACCAGAAUGUAAACUGUGAGCAGCUGACAUAAACAGAAAUAUAUUUUACCUUGGUCUGCACUUGAGCUGCUGAAAGCCUUGAUUAGCCACAAGACCUUAGGCGCCUUCAGAUAAAAAACUGAGCCUUCACUAGAAGGGACCAAUAUUUCUGUUAACUAAGCUUUUUAUUUCUGUGUCUGGCUGAUCUCUGGCUUUUGAGCUGAGCUGUGUGUCCAUUAAAAGCUUUUGCUGAAGGAGGUUUUAAAAAGUGGUUACAUGUUCUUGUUAUCUGUUAAAGACAGCAGCAGGGAUACUGUCAACCAUUGCUUCAAUAAGAGCCUUCUUUCCCCAGAGGAGAAAUGACGUCUCAGUGGAGUGAGCUUUUCUGAUUCUGGUCCUUGGUUUUGUCAGCUUGUCAUCUGUUUGUAGGUUCUGGUUGGUUCUUUUCUGAAAAAUGUCUAUCUGGAGUUAGGCUGUUGAAUUCCUCCUACCUGUUCUGCUCAUGUGUAAUUUCAAGAAAGAGCAAUGUAUUUGGAAAAAAUGGUAUACGUGAUUUCCUUUGUUCUGCUUGUUUUUGAUCAUGCUAAAUGGGAAUUGAUGUACUGUUGAAACAAAAUAAAGUGGCCUUGUGUUUACACCA